AUGUUCAUCUCACAACCUACAAGGUCAACUUGCAUUGGAAUUGACUUAGGAACAACAAAUUCAUGUAUGUGUGUUUUUGAUAAAACAACACCUCGAAUUCUUGAGAAUGCAGAAGGAAAACGAACAACACCAUCUUGUGUUUCUUUUACACCAACAGGAAUAUUAGUUGGAGAAGCAGCAAAACGAAUGGAAGCAUUACAUCCAACAACUACUAUCAGUGGAAUUAAGAGAAUGAUAGGAUGUCAAUACAAAAAUGAUAAACAAGAAAGAAGACCUUAUAAAAUUGUUAAAGGAAGGAAUGGAGAAGGAUGGAUUCACAUUAAUGGGAAGACAUAUUCUCCAACAGAAAUUUCAUCAAUGAUUCUUAAGAAAUUAAAAAAAGAUGCAGAAGCUAAACUAGGGAAAAGAGUAGAUGAAGCAGUUAUCACAUGUCCAGCAUAUUUUAAUGAUGCACAAAGACAAGCUACUAAAGAUGCAGGAACACUUGCAGGAUUAAAAAUACAAGAAAAUGAAGGAAAGAAUAAUGCAGUUUAUGAUCUUGGAGGAGGAGCAUUUGAUAUUUCUAUUCUUAAUAUUAAUAAAGGGAUUUUCCAAGUUAAAGGAACUAAUGGAGAUACAAUGCUUGGAGGAGAAGAUUUUGAUAAAGCUAUUUGUCAAUACAUUGAGAAAGAAUUUGAAAGAAAAUAUAAACGAAAUCUUCAAGGAAAUAAAAAAGGAAUUAGUAGAAUUAAAGAAGUAGCAGAGAAAGUAAAAUGUGAAUUAACAUCAAGUGAAGAAAGUAUAAUUUCAUUACCAUAUCUUGAUGGACAAGAUUCACUUGAAAUUACAAUUAAUAGAAGAAAAAUUGAAGAAUUAUGUAAAAAAAUUUGUAAAAGAACAGAAUAUCCUUGUAUUCAAUGUAUGAAAGAUGCAAAAUUAAGAAAAAAAGAUAUUAGUGAUGUUGUACUUGUUGGAGGAAUGACAAGGAUGCCUUUAAUUCAAAAUACUGUUCAAGAAAUUUUUGGAAAAAAACCAUGUAAAAAUAUCAAUCCUGAUGAAGCUGUUGCCAUUGGAGCAGCAAUUCAAGCAAGUAUUAUUGAAGGAAAGAAAAAUGACAUUAUUCUUGUUGAUGUUACACCAUUAACUUUAGGAAUUGAAAGUUAUGGUGGAGUGAUGACACCAUUAAUCCAUAGGAAUACAACAAUCCCUACAUCAGUUUCAAAAGAUUUCACUACAUCAAUGGAUAAUCAACAAGAAGUAGAUAUUAAAGUAUUUCAAGGAGAACGUAGAGUUACAUCAAAAAAUAAAAAAUUAGGAGAAUUUAAAUUGGUUGGAAUUCCUCCAGCAAAGAAAGGUAUACCAAAAAUCCAAGUUACAUUUGAUAUUGAUGUUAAUGGAAUAGUAAAAGUUUCUGCUCUUGAUAAAGGAACAGGAAAGAAAACAGGAAAUCAAGUUAAAUCGAAUGGUGGUUUGAAUGAAGAUGAAAUUAAUCGACUAGUUAAGGAAGGAGAAGAACAUGCUACUGAAGAUAAGAGAAAAGAAAAUUUAAUUCUUCACAGACAACGAUUAAAAGAAAUUAUUCAUUAA